AAAUUUAAUUUUAAUGUAAAAUUAUGUUUUGGUAUCUAAAUUUUAUGAGAUUUUCGUACCUACAAUUUUUAAAAUAUACAUAUUGGUCCAAUGUUUAGAUUUCACUUAAAUUCAUUAAUCCAAUUCACCAAUCUUUUUACACAUAUGAAUCCAAUCCACCAUAGCAUACAAGUAUAAAUUUAGUUGGUAACAAACAAGAUGUUUGUACCUACAAUUUUUUAAAUUACAUAUUGGUCCAAUGUUUAGAUUUCACUUGAAUCCAUGAAUCCAAUCCACCAUAACAUAUAAGUAUAAAUUUAGUUUGUAACAUACAAGAUGUUGUAUCACUCAACUGUAAGAGAAGAUAAUGUCAUUUAAUGUUUGCUCAUUACGUGAAACAUUAAAAAUAACCAAAAUUAGUAUACAUUUUUUAUGUAUUCUAAUAACAAGUAUGAACAGGUCCAUACUUAACACGGCUCCCCAACCGUCUAGAGAAUUAAUAAUUGAAUCAUAAUCAAGUGUGAUCUCUUGCGACUGUACAUGUAUGUUUUGUUUGGUAAUAAUAGUUUAUCGCCAUUAUAAACAAAAAUUGAACCAUGAACCACUAAUUUUUUCAGCUCAAUGUCGAGUCCAAUUAAAAAUAAAUAAAUAUGGUUAUUACUUAUUAGAAAAUCAUCAUUUACCACUAUGGGAUUUGAAGGCGUGAAAUUUUAAACGAGUUAUAGUUUGUAUUCAUUUUGCUUCUCUCUAGAGUUUUUCUUUCUCACCCGGGCUAGAGUUUUCAACAAUUAUACAUUAAUUGUUUGGCUAGAUAUCUACAAGACUACAUAUAUCAAAUAAAUAGUUUUUAUUUUUCUAUAAAAAAAAAAAUAAUUAUCAUUUUAAAUACGUCACCAUAAAAGGAAUUAAGCCUCAACUAUGCAAAUUAUAGCUUGGUACCUAAACUUAAUAGAUUUUUAGAUUUAUAACCUUAAUUUAGUUUUUGGCAUAUAAGUCAUCAGAAUAUUGAUGGAACAUUUCAUUUUAGUACCUAAAUUUUUUUUAUUACAUUUUCGUACCUAAUCCUUUGAAUUUCUACAAAUAGGUCUAAUUUUUGUAUGUAUAAUUAAAACACCCUUGAAUAAAUGGGUAUCCAUACCCAACUCAUACACGUUUAGAUUAUGGAAGUAAAUAUUCAUACCCUACUCAAACUCUUCUACAAACUUCCAAACCCAUAUAUACGUCACUCAUACCCUACCCAUAAUCAAUGGGUCUACUUGGAAGUUUCUUUCUCUCUGUAGGAGAGCGCCGUUUUCCUUCUCCCGCUUAGUGGAGUCUGUGGUUACCUGCUGCCGUCGGUCAGCUCUAUACCUCGGAUCUUGUCCGUAGGUUUUUCCCCCAUUUUCUUUCUCAGCCUCGUUUUGAUACGGUGACUUGUAAAGGGUAGCAGUUUCUUGUUUGAAAGUUGUGUCAGGAGAGUUAGCUCCUAUGGCGGAUGAGAUUGAUGAACAGCUGCGAAGCCUCUGUCUAACGGAGGAGGAGGCGCAGGGAGUCCAAGUGGAAAGGACAGAUCUUGACAACGGGAUGGAUGAAACUAUUGAAGAACUGGGUUUGGUGGGCAAGCUUAUAACCCCCAAAGACCCAAAUCUGGCAACACUAUUGGCUACGAUGAAACAAGCGUGGAACCUCAGAAGAAGCUUCGAGAUCCAGAGGCUAGAGCAGUCAGUGUAUGCUCUCCAAUUCUACAGUUUCGAUGAUAGGAAGAAAUUCCUGUAUGGGGGACCAAGACAUUUCAAUCGGCAACCCUUCAUUUUCCGACCGGUGGACAGGGAUAAAGAGCCGUUGGAGAUGGAUUUCACGGAGACAGAGAUAUGGGUCCGGAUUAAAAAGCUACCUCGCUGUAUGAAAACAGAGGCGAUGGCAGAAAAGAUCGCCAACCUGAUUGGUACCUUUAUUAUUCUUGAUAAUCACCGGUCGGGGGUAUGGAGUACAUCAAUGAGACUUAGAGUGUCCAUCAAUGUCUCGAAACCAUUGAGACGUGGGAUUUUGCUGGAGAACGGCGACAAGAAAGCCUGGUACAGAAUAACCUACGAGCGACUCCCAAAUUUCUGCUACAUUUGUGGUAUACUCGGCCAUCAACAAAGAACUUGCCCAAACCCGAAAGCAGAGGACGAGGAAGGAUCGGACGAGCAAUACGGUAAAUGGCUGCAUGCUUCCCCGUUGAAGCAGGUGAGUUUUGUCGAGCGUACAGAAGCUGAUCGAAUGGCAAGUCUGUGGUCGGAGCUCCGGCAGACAAGAGUCUCCGGCGAGAUACGUUUAAGGAAGGAUGCCAGAGACACACCGGAAUUAGAGGACAAUCAAAAUGGAAAACCGAAGGCGAAAAUCAAGCUGAUAGAUUUAUUGGCCGGAAAAAAGGAAAGUCCAAAGAAGAUUAACGAGAUUGAGGGAAUGGAUCUGAGUGAAGGAAAUAAGGAAGGCGAGGGAUUUGGGAGCAGAGAUAUAAGAGGAAAGGAUGUCUGCGUACUGCAGGAGGAAGCGAACGAGAAGGUAGGCAGGGAUGAAGCCGAGUUAGUUUCCUCAAAAGAAAGGGCAGGAAUAUAUGGAAAGACAGCGGGAGUGAAUCAGGAGUCGCUUAGCCCAGCAAGGGGCAAAGAGUCAGCUUUGGGCCCAAGGAAGGGCGAAUUGAAUUGGAUAGGGGAGGCCCAGAUUGAGAUCGUGACGGGUCUGUAGGCGGGGGCUAGUAAUUUGGGCCAGGCCCAUAUAGAUGAAAAAACCCAAUUCAAUAGUGAAGCAGCGACAGUGGAUAAGUUGAAAGGCAGCUGGAAGAGGUUGGUUAGAGAUAAGAUUCAGAGGGAGGUGGAGGUGCUGGGAGGAAAAGAGGAUGGCAAGCGAAAGGGGAGGGAGGAAGAGAAAGAAACUCUACAGAAGGUGGGAUUGGAAGGAAACAAAAAACAAAAAAUGGCUGCUCGAGGAAUCGCUCCGAACCCAAAGGCGGACCUUGCCACAGAGCAACGCCACCUAUCACAAUGAAAAUCAUAAGCCUUA